UCACUUAACGUAAUUAAAGAAGCGACCAAACAACUUUCUUCUAUGAGAUAAAACUAAUUUCCCGAUAGAGAAUUUUAAUAAAUCUCUGGUUAUAUGAUGUUUACGACUACUACACCAUACAUAUAGAUACGCCUAUUUAAAGUUUGAGAUUUUUAUGUUGACAGCAGAGAAUGGAUAAUCAUAUUGAACCAGAGAACUUAAAACAAAAAAUAAAGUUCUCUGAUUGAACAUACAUUUAUGCAUAUGUAUGUAUUAAGUUCUCUGCUGCAUUGCCUGCGUCGUUCAUUUGUCCGCUCGUACAAUUCUUCUUUGCUGUCAUUCGUUUAGUUCGUUGCUUCAUCGUAUUGUGCUUCUCCAUUGUGUGUUUCGCGUUGUGUUCUCCAUUUUUCAUUAAUAAUUCCAUUUGAUUUGAGAUUUUAUAAUUAACUGGCGUACAUACAUAUGUUUUAAUUUGAGAAUAUUGAAAAUGUGAAUGAUCAAAAUCAAAUUGUGUUUUUGCAAAUUAGCCUAUUAAUUAAAGUGAAUUCCAUACGAAAAGGCUUGGGUAAUUGUAAAAUAUUUCUCUUCCCUACCAUCAUAUACCAGAUAGCUCCUAUUACGCCUUUCCGAUCAAGUAUGGUGCACAUUAAUACAUAUGUAUAUAUGUAUUCAUGACCGAGGUAAAUUUGUUGCAUGAAAGUUUUCACCGCCGUUCGCCGUUAUACGUGUUCACAAAUAUUUGUAAACGAAAAUAAUUGUCUAGUGUCGACUUAUAAGUUAGCAAAACUUAUGUUUAUUAAAUAAGUUAAUGUUGGUUCAUAAGCCAGGUGCUUACUUGACAACUCAUUCUAAAUGUGUUUUUUUUUAUCAAACUUGUCGAUAUAUGUAUAUCAGAUUGUAUAGCUAUCGCCUAUUUCUUUCCAAUUUGAGUACACUUGAUGUUUUUUAGUACAAAUAGUAGUAUGUAAUUUCAUGUGCCUAAUAUAUACAUAUGUACAUAUAAAUACCAAAAUAAAUAUCAUUUUGUGGUUCAAGUAAAUUGUAAUGAAAACAAUUGCAGGUACGAUAAUCUAUUAAAUAAUAAGAAUAUUAAAACUGAUAAGUGUAAAGUGAAAGCCCUAGGAACUUAUGAAGAUUAUGAAUCGGGUUGUAUAUAUUCUACUAUUGUGAAGAAAUAUACGUUUAUGGUGAUACAGGAUGAUGGUGAUGUCUUUAUAUAAUAUAUAUGUAUUAUAUUGAGCGAAAUUUGUUAAAUCCAGAAAAUUAUCAAAGGAAAGAGACGGCUGUGUCGCCAAAUAAGUGUACUGCGAGAAAUGGUGCUGUUGCAACGUCAAGGACUACAACGGACUUUAAAUCGGUUCCAAAAACAAAGGCAUCAAGAAUUUUUACAACCUUGUCUAAAGCCACAUUACUCAAAAUCAUUUCAAUCCCUUUAUUAUCGUCAAUUACCAAUAAAUCGCUGCAAAACAUCGAUAAAAUUAUGGCCACUGCUGCUGCUGCAUUGGGUUCUGGGUGCACACCAUCCCUAUCAGCUCACCUAAUUAGCGGGGUUGUUGGCAGUGGUGUUAAAGUUUCAAAUAUUGGAGUCAUUGAUUGUUCAACAAGUUCAGCAUCUGUUACCCUCAAUAAUAGCAGCCAUGCUCUUAGCGAUAAAGACAUAAAUAACAGCAAAACUGAAAAACUGCUGGUUAAUAGAAAUGGUGGCAGCAGCAAUAAUGACACCGCAACCUAUAAUUCAUCUGGCAGCAGUGGAAAUAUUGGUGGAAGAUUGAAAUUUUUCAAAAAUGGAAAAGUAAUAUUGGAAUUGGCGCGUUCUAAAGAAGGGUCAAAGAAUGGAUGGAUAUCGGUUCCAAGGAAAGUUUUUCGCACACCGUCAGCCACCUCAUCUACAGUUACCCCUACUUUGGCCACAUCAAUAACAUGCUCUAAGAAUGAAAGUUUAGCAUCUCUAAGCUUUUCCGAUGACAACAGUUCCAUACAAUCUUCACCUUGGCAACGAGAACACUCUUGGAAACAACAAUCUCCUCGUAAAAGCAUUUCGGAUGCCAUGUCGUUCUAUUACCAGCGACCUAAGAUCGUUAUUUUGACUAAAACUGCAUUUGUUAUUGCUCGUAGAAAACAUCGAAGGCCAUACGAUACCAAUUUGUGCAGUAACGGAAAUUUCAUUUUCAAAAGUCAUGAAAAAAUGUUAAAAGAAAACCAGGGUUUCAAAGCAUUGUUGAAGCCAUCUCAUCAACGUGACACAAAAACAAUAAAUGUUAAUAAAGAUAGUGAUAUUAAAUGCAAAACAUGGAAGGAUGAAAUUAAAUAUGCGUUAAUAAAUGAAGAAGAUUGUUGCUCAAGUUCAUCUACAGCAACGUUAACCGGUUAUGAAUUCACAGACGAUCAAAUGGAGGCUAAAACGCCAACACCGUCAUCGAUUUCUUUACCAGAUUCAUCUUGUCAAAAUGGCAAACCAUUUGAAAAUAAACACACUGAAGAAGAGCAAAUCAGUGCAACUAAAGAGAAUAAAUUAAAGGCUCCAGAAAAUAUGAAUAAAGUUGAAUAUACUGAUUUGAUAUCUACGAUGGAUGAGAGCGAAGGGACAGAACCCACUCUGAAUGGCAACACAUCAGAAGUACGCACUGUCAAUUCCCAAUCAGAUAAAGUAGAUUUUAAAGACGAACAUUUUUGUGCACGUGAUCAACGUGGUGACGAUAAAAGACAUAAGAAUGGCAAAAUUCGACUUAAGUUAAGCACAAUUGUCCAAAAGUUGAUUGACAGAAUGCCUUUACGUCUUGCUCAACUAUCGAAGCAAAAUCAAUCAAUUGGGCCUACUAAUAGCUUUUGUAGUUCUACUAAUACAAUCUCGCAAAAGGUUUCACCAUCGAAUGCGUCAACUGCAACGCGUCUAGUCGAGUAUCCACAGCAGCAUGUAUCACCGCGAAAGCGGAUUCUUCGCGAAUUCGAAAAAGUAUCUUUAGAGGAUAAUUCAAAUUCAGCUGGUGGAAAGCGAAGUCGUGCGAAAAAUAACGCAUCAUCAUCGUCGUCGUCUCCACAUCAUAGCAUAAAAUCGCCUAAUAGUCGUAGUAAUGUCAGUGCAAAUAGUAACAUCCCGUCUAAAAUAAGCCAAUCAGUUUCUUGCGGCAACAGCUCAAUUCGGUCAUCAUCGGCUACGUAUUCAAAAUCAGAGACAACAGAAUCAAUAUUAACAACGACACCUACACGCCUGUACAGCUCAUAUAGCAUUCACUCUUUACUAGGGGGUAAUGCCUGUAGUAGCACAAUACCGUCUAUAUCACUUGCAAAUACUGGUCCAAAUACAAUAACUAACGAAACCACGGUUCUUAAUAGUAAAGGCUAUCAUACAAAGCAUCAACAUGUUUCACCCCAAACGCAUUAUAAUGAUCCGUCGUAUUUGCGUGCAAUGCUUGCUUCACCCAAAUCACCAGAACAAUGUAAUAUGGGUUGCGGAGGCAAAUCACCGUCGACUUCGGCUUCAAAAAAACGUUCUCCACCCUAUGUUUCACCAUUGCACGAUUUACACAUUAAUAGUGAUAUCGGAAUAUUAAAUAGUAAAACACGUUACGCCUCCGAACAAUCCAGUAAUAUAGAUACCACAUCUACGAUACUUUUAGGAAGUCAUUUACAUUCACAAAAUAAAGGGUUUUACGUGCCGUACAUGCCAUUAUCAAAAUAUGUACCUCCUACGAGCACGUCAGUGCCCACAGAUACAACUCCAUCAAUAUCGCCAAGUUCUUGCGGUCCUCUUGAGGCGCGAUCACCUCGACAUCUAUCAGCUUUUAGUAGAACAUCUUCACCAGCUUCGAUAUCAUCAGCAAUUCUAGUUAAUCAAUCAUCUUCGUGUUCUAUUGGCAAUAGUAGAGAAAACUCGCCACCAACACCGCGGACAACUUCCGAUUCACCGCGUGACACUAUACCAAGAACUGUACCAAAAAAGACUGCAGCAAUUCGUAGACAAUUCGCUUCGCCCAAUGUCGUUGCAUUAAGCAUUGCCAACCCCUCGUCAGGGGAGCGCCACUCUGAGGAAAUCUACUCAACACAGGACCAUCAAACUCCUGUUUCUCUUGUGAAUACUUGCAGUAGUGGAAGCCAUCAAUUGCUACGUGGAUCGCCAAAUAAUAACACAGUUCCUUCACCACUUCAUCACUAUUAUAUGUAUUCACCAGUGGCAAGUAAUGACAGCUCAAAUCAAGUUCCACGUAGUUCACCUGUCUCAACGAGUACAUUUUCUAUUGGGCCUGGAGGAACAAACAGUUCUGCUUCAUCGUACAUUCCAUCGGUGUUGCCGACCGCUUAUAUGAAUCCAUACUUUGCUUUGGCAGCCUUGAGACAACCACAAUUAUGGUCACACUAUGGUGGCAUGUCUUUACCUUUGCAUCUGUCAUCAGUUGCGGCGUCGGCUUCUCUGCGACUUUCUCCUCCAGCGUUUCAUACCUUUGCUUAUAAUGGAGUUAACGCGGCUAUGGCGGCAGUAGUGCAGCAACAACAACAGGUUUUGGCUUCAUCAGCCUUAAUGCAUGGGCAUAGCCAGAGCAACGCAUCUACCGAUCAUCCAACUAUAAAUCCUUGUGGUGGAAGACAAGUUUCAAUGACUGAGCGAACGACUGAUUUAGACGCUGGCGCAAUUGCGAAUAAUGCAACGGGUCUUGAUUUGGUUCCAGAAGAAAUGUCUAGCAGCAAAAAAGAACAUAGUUCAGACGUGCCGCUGAACCUGUCUAAGCAUUGAGUGCAUUUUCCAUUAAAUAGCUAUGUAAGUUCCAUUCGUUUUAGGUAGAUGUUAGCUAACUCACAUAAAGUAUUGUAUAGGAGAUCGAUACAUUCAUAUAAGGAUAAUUAUAUAAAAUAAUUUUAUAGCAUGUACUCUUUCACUCAUUUAAAUCAAUUGCGACUAACAUCUUUCGACUUGUGCAAUAAUUUUUGUCAAAAAUAUGUCAUUUUAGAUACAAAGAAAUUAAAAAAUUAUAUAUAAAUAAUAAAUUUCGCGCAGAAAAGAACAUAUUACAUAUUUAUUUACAUCAAUAAUAAUAAAUAUAGACUGUAUACACGAGAAAUUCAUCAGGAUUUAGAAUCGCAGAGGGGAUUUAAAUGAAAUCAACACUAUUCAUAGAAUAAAGGCUGACAGAAGAGUGUUUAAUUUUAAUUAUUAAAGAAACUUUUUUCUUUCAAUUCACUUUCCUGAUACAACAAUUAGUAAACCAAUAUGGGUAAUAUUUUUGAUUUACAACUCUAAAGAAAAAACGAAGUUAUAAAAGUCAUGUACUAAUUAUGUUUUUUACAUUCAUACAUAAAUAUUUAAUAUUCUCUUUGUGCUUGUUCCUGUAUUAAUAAAUUUAUUUGAUUUUUUCGAUCUUUCGCUUUUGUAUAUAAUAAUUUGAAUUCGUGUUGAAAAAUGUAUUCCAAAAAACAAUGUUUUCAUAGGCAUAUACGUUACACACAACAGUUAAAAGGUUACGCUAGAAAAUCAAAGUUCGAUUUUAAUAAUUACAAUGAGCGAACGCCCUAGUGUUGGCCUUUAAGUAAAUAAAAAAAUACAAAUAUUUAAAUACAUACAUAUAUAUUUACAAAAGUUUUACGAUACAAGUCUAUAGAAAUAAAAAAAGUUUUAAUUCGAAAAAAUUUUUCUAAUAUACAUAAAAUAUUUACACUAAAAACUAAGUAGGUAGAUAGGCAUACAAAUAACCAUUAAAAAAAUGUGAGUGGAAUUUAUAUGAAAGAUUUUAAUGUAAAGAAUUUAUAUAUACACAGCUUUCCUGUAAUUAAUUUAAGAAAAUAAUUGUAAUACAGCGUGGUCCGAAUUGAUGGGAUUAUUCAGCCGAAAUGAACAAAUAGAUUUGCAUAUAUUAAUGUACAUACAAGUGCAUACGUUAAAUGAAUGAUAAUUGUUUAAUAAAAAAUAUUUAUAGUUUUAAAAGCUCCAUCUCUUUAGAAAAUGACUUAUUUCUUUGAAGCACUACCUCGUUUAACGUUCUGGCUUAAUAAUUUAUUUUUAUAUAUCUGAUUCCUUUAUUCCUCAGUUAAUAUUUUGGAAAAAUUGUAGUUUUAAAAGCAAAAAAAAUACAAUACAAUAAAAGAUACGAAUUUUAUAUACUUUAUAUCAUUUACAAAUAAAAAUAGCAUGAAUACAUAUAAACAUUCGAAUUUUGCUUUUGCAAAAAAUAUAUAUUUAACUUACUAUAACAGUUCAAGGAAAGUAACAACAAUAAAAUAAACUUUAUAUAUAAACAUAGUGCCUUUAUUAUAUACAGUCAAUACUAAAUGGCAAAAGUAUAACACAGAGUUAAAAAAAAAGCUGCACAGUAUGCAACAACUCAAAUCAGAAUUCGCACGAUUUAACACACCUAUGAGAUGUAGUUUUUAAUAAUAAAUGUAAAAUAAAAAGUAUUUAUCUUAAAAAGUUAAA